AUGUAUUCUUCGAAGGUUUUGUUGGGCGCGGUCUUGAUCUGCCCCGCCUUUGCUUGGGAGCGUCAUCUGCCACUGGAACCUGAAGCACUCGAUUUCAAUGGAUCAAUAUUUCCGCAGCAUCAUCCAUUGUUGAAAAGUCACGAGAAGGGGGGAAAUUCAGCCUCAGAUGCUAUGGGAGUUGUUGAAGAAGAAGAAAAUCCAACUCGGAGUAGUACUGGAAUUCGGCAAACACUGCAAAACCUUGGUUUUGACCAUUUGAUUGACCAGCAACACCUGAUCUUCCAGCCCCUGACUCCUCAACAAGCCACUAAGCUGAAAAAGACAUUGGCAGAAAAUGAGCAAAAGGUGGGAAGGCUUGGGAUUCAAGCUGUCAAACUUAGGGAAGCUUUCCAAGAUCUCCAAGCGACUUGGCCAGCACUCCACAAAGAAUAUACCGAUGAGCACACAAACCAAAAGCUUUUGAAUGCAAGAAUAAUGAUACAUGAGUUGGAUAAGAAGGUUGGAGAAUUGAUCACAUUGAAGCUCCUAGAGCUCGGAACAUUCUGUUUUCAAAAGCACAAAUAUAGCUCGAGGUAUUCCAAAAAUCAAACAUAUAAGCACAUCACUCAAUUACUCAACACUCUGGCACCAGAGCUCUUUGAUUCCAUCAGAGCCCCAGGAUUGGGUGGCUAUGUGGACUCACUUGUCAACUCCGUCAAGCAAAUAAUGGUUCAUCAUGAUGACCUUGCAUAUCCAUACCCAGAGAACCGAGCUGGAAAUAUGAGAGCAAAGAGAGAAUUCGAGUGGCUGUUCCAAAUCAUUGAAUUCUUGUUCACCAAUCACUUCAUCUCGAGGAAGGAUCUCCACCAACUGUUCAAGCACAACCAGGUCCUGCGCCUCUCAGCGGUCGACUUUUUCCGUGCGUCUCAAGACGGCUUAUCCGCACCUUUCUUACGGGAGCUGGCUCCUUCAUUCAUCACUGAUCAGUUUGUCUGGAGAGUCGAAUUCCACUUUCUUGCGGCGCUCAGCAAGGCGGUUAAAAAGAGAAUGGAUUUCGAAUUGCUGGUUUGGAAUUUGCAUGUUAAGGCUCGUAAAUCGGCCCAAAAGUAUCCACAGUGCAGUGCCACAGCGGAACUGGCCCGGUUCAUGGACUCUUUUGACCGGCAAACAUACGCACACCACAUCGUGAACAGCGUACGCACUAUGAAACCUAUGGUAGAUGGAGUCCGAUUCCGGCAAAACAUGCAACAAGAUGUCGACCAUCUUGUGCAUAUUUUCUUCCUGAUUAUGACCCGACCGAGCGCGAAAAAAGUGCGAAAAAUGGCGCCGCUGGUAUCCGAGCUCCUGGCUUUCAUCGACGAGCACAUAUGGCCGGGCGUCCUGCGCGCCGCAUUCCAAAAGCUAGGAAACAUGAGCGCCUCGUCGAAGUAUCUCGCGCUGCAAUUCGAGUUAGUUUUGGUUCCGGCAAGACUGGAUUACUGUAUGGCGAUGGCGCUCGAGCUCGACGCGUUCCUGCAUAACCUGAAAACCCAGGGCUCAAUAAUAAACCGAGGGUUGGCACGCACAAUGGUGGCGGAUUGCCGCGACAGAGGGCUUGCUUUAUAUGCCCAGACACGCAAAACGUACGAGACGAUGGCGUGGCGGUUCCAGGGUCUGUCAGGAUGGCUCAAACGCCAUCCUCGCGCCGGGAUGAUGAACAACGAGUUAUUUGCCUUGUGGAUCCAUGGAAUUUCUGCCAUGAUUGAUGAAUGGAUUGAUUGA